UAGUUCUGAUCCUGACUGCUGUCCCUGCUGACACCUGAGCCGUGGCGGUGAUGCUGCCGAGACCCCUUCAGCCCACAAGCCAACCUACAUGAUUGUCAGCCAUGCCUUUAGUCAAGAGGAACAUCGAACCCCGGCACCUGUGCCGUGGCGCUCUUCCUGAGGGGAUCACCAGUGAGCUUGAGUGUGUCACUAACAGCACUCUCGCCGCCAUCAUCCGCCAGCUAAGCAGUCUAAGCAAACAUGCAGAAGACAUAUUCGGGGAGUUGUUUAAUGAGGCUAACAAGUUCUACAUCAGAGCAAAUUCUCUUCAAGAUAGAAUUGACCGCCUCGCUGUCAAAGUCACCCAGCUGGACUCCACAGUGGAGGAGGUGUCACUGCAGGACAUCAACAUGAAGAAAGCGUUCAGAAGCUCCACCAUCCAAGACCAGCAGGUGGUUUCCAAGAACAGCACUCCUAACCCGGUCGCUGACAUUUACAACCAGAGUGACAAACCUCCGCCGCUGAACAUUCUGACUCCAUACAGGGAUGAUAAGAAGGACGGGCUGAAGUUCUACACGGAUCCCUCUUACUUCUUUGACCUCUGGAAAGAGAAGAUGCUGCAGGACACAGAGGACAAGAGGAAGGAGAAACGGCGGCAGAAGGAGCAAAAGCGUGUAGAUGGCACCACCCGUGAGGUGAAAAAGGUUAGAAAAGCCAGGAACAGGCGCCAGGAGUGGGACAUGAUGGCGUACGACAGAGAGCUUAGGCCCGACAACAGGUUGUCCCAGAGUGCGCGCCACGGAGCAUCCUCCGAGGGAUCUCUGUCCCCAGACACUAGGUCGCACGCAUCCGAUGCCACAGACUAUUCUUACCCUGCUACGCCCAACCACUCUUCGCAAGCACAGCCAGUGACCCCUUCCUACGCAGCAGCGGGUGAUGCCCAGCUGCACGGAACCACAAACCAAGGCGCUGAGCCCGAGUACCGGCCCUCGUCCGCCUCAGCGAGGCACAUGGCCCUCAACAGACCUCAGCAGCCACCGCCUCCACCUCCACCCCAGGCCCCAGAGGGGCCCCAGGCCUCCACGUCAGUGGCUUCGGCCGACUAUGGGAUGCUUCCAGCACAGAUAAUUGAAUACUACAACCCCUCAGGACCGCCGCCGCCACCUCCUCCACCCAUCAUCCCUUCAGCACAAACUGCCUUCGUCAGCCCUCUCCAGAUUCCUGCACAGCCCCAAUUCCCAGCCUCUGCCAGUUCCACAUACCCCACCCCUCCUCACCAGCCCUCCCCUGGGCUCCUGGCCACAGCCCCGCCACCUCCAGGCCCCCCACCUCCCCCACCUGGUCCCCCGGGCCCUUCUUCUCUUUCAUCCUCCCCAAUGCAUGGUCCUCCCGUGGCUGAGGCAAAGCGCCCAGAGCCUGCACAGCCACCCAUAAGUGACGCGAGAAGUGACUUGCUGGCUGCCAUCCGGAUGGGAAUCCAGCUGAAAAAAGUUCAGGAGCAACGUGAGCAGGAAGCCAAGCGGGAGCCUGUGGGGAACGACGUGGCCACCAUCUUGUCUAGACGCAUUGCUGUGGAGUACAGCGACUCAGACGACGACUCUGAGUUUGACGAGAACGAUUGGUCCGACUGAGUCACAGGGUGGGGAGGGGGGGGCCAAGUGGCAGGUGGACAGCCAGGGCACCAUCUGGAAGUGUGUUAGGAGCUCAUGUGACCUCUUCACCCACUUAGUGGUGUUUCCUUGUAGCUUUAGGAGACCUUUUGUACUAACAGUGUGACGCUGCCUCUGCACACCUUUCUGGAUUUCUUGAGUAUUUACUGCGUAAUACUAAAGUGCCACUAAACACAGCACAGCGUGCUGCCUACCAGGAGCCACGGCUGUAACUAGUGCAUCGCCCUGAAAUAAUAGCCUCUUGCUUCCCUCUCGGCCGUGAGAAUCUUCUCCUGUCCAUCCCGCUAUGAUGGACUUGCCAUGUGUCCGUGCAGUUGCCCUGUGUCAGGUCUUUGCAAGGUGAAUGGCUGUGUGUUGCAGUGAUGUCUUCCAACCAGUAGGUGAUAUGCUUUACUGUUUCUUUCCUUUGCAAAUCGGAUUUCAGGAACUUGGUUCUGGAGGAGAAGGUUUAGCAAACCGGAGUGCGCUUUUUCCUCUGUUUGCAUUCUUGCCCUGUGGCUUCUGAGUGAAUGUGCGUGCUCCGUUGUUUCCAUUAUAUGGCACUCAAAACAGAGGGCCCCCCUUUUCACGCAGGAUCCCUGUGGGUACUCACGUGGAAAGUGCCCACUGGUGUCCUUUGCAGACGGAGCUCCCCUUAGCGGCUAGCCCUGAUAGCAUGGGUACCAGUUAGACAGGCCACGUGCAAGCUGCCUGGGCUCUGCAGAGCUUGCACGGCACAGCUGCUGCAUCGGGUCCCCUCCUACCCUACCCAGUGGCGAUGAGACCUAUACGUUUUAUUUCUUGGGACUCCCUGCUCCUCUGUUCACCACGGAAAGAAAUGACUGUGCACCUUACUCCCCUUGCUCAUGUCUUAGGAGCUUGGGUUUAGCUGAGAGACGCUGCCAGCUGUUCACGACCCACGGUGCUGUGGCUGGAUUCGCACUCAAGUCUCUCAAACAGGGCCCUUCACCCCUCCUGAAGCACAGCUGUCUUCUCUCAUGUUGUCGGCACAUUAAAAA